GUCACUUCGUCUGAUUGUUUGUGUUGUGUUCAAUUCAUCAUAUUUCUGCUACUAGUCAAUUGAUUGCAGCCUGAAAUUUACGCUCUCGAGUUCGAUUCGAUAUAGUUCGACGGAAAUGUAAACGUUGGUAACGACGGUAAUGAAAAUAAUUCGAUUCCGAACAAAAAACUGUAAUGAAAUGCUGCUGGAAUGUUGCUUUUUAGUAUCUGAAGAUUUAUCGUGCGAUAGGUUUGAAGGGAAAACGGAAUUUUAGUAUAAUGAGAAGUGAGAUUAAAAUCUCACCGUGUAAUGAGCAUUCAUGCAUGUGUGUCAGUUAACACAGAGAAAUGUCACAUAAGGAACCACUAUUGGAUGGAGAAAAAAGUAAAAGGUGUUUCCAAAUAAAAUUCAUGUGAUGAAGUGUCGUUUAGUGUGAAGAUCGGGCGAAAUUCGAUGAUUAGUGUUUGCCUAAUUGUUUUGCAGAUUUGUCUAAUCACAAAACAGUGCACAACGUGAAAAACAGUGUUGACAAUGUGGCCAGCUGUUACUGAAAACCGACGAAUGAACUAAUGUUUUUGUGUGCUCGCUGAAAAUAGGGUGUAUUCUGUAGAAAUUUCAAAGUGAUUUGAGAAUAAUGCUAAAGCAACUGGAAUCUGAAAUGUCUUGUACAUAAGAAACUGCUAUUCAUCUUUCGGAAGGCUACGCUACAGGAAUUGUAUCAUUCGUACAUUGAUUUGAAGUCGUCAGUGAAUCCCAAUUACAACAUACCUUACAAGCACGGAAAAAACGUUCUCCUCAAAUCAUUCUACUUGAUUUUGAAUUAAAUUUAUCCGCCAUGCACAGGAUAAGACGACGAUAUCGCAAAAAGAUUCCCCGCUGCAGCUCUGGACACAAAUGAUGCGAUGAGAUAACGCUGCAAAUACAUCCUACCUCCUCCCAGAUACAUAGUUCAGCCCGUUGCAAGCACAUAUAGAAACCAACUCUAAAUGAUAAACCGAUACCAAACCAAACCAUUCGUCAAAAGAUGGUUUCUUCGAGUCAAAUAUUAGCGCCUAACGUAGACAAAAGUUACGAUCAUCGCCGGACAAAGCUUAGAAAAAUUUUUUAAUCUGAAACAAACCAAGAACCAGCUGUGGGUUUAAAACAAACUACAGGAUUACGUGGUAUAAGUACAAAUUUAGUUAGGCACUACAAUUUUUGACGAAUAUAUCAUAAGAAUCAUGGCACCGAGUCAGAAAGUGACAAAGAAGUGGGAAAUAUUCGCCGGUCGGAACAAAUUUUAUUGUGACGGGUAUCUGAUGACGGCCCCCAAUUCCGGGGUAUUUUAUUUUACCGUUGUGCUAAUUACAGGAACCAGUGGUCUAUUUUUCGCUUAUGAUUGUCCCUUUCUGGCGGACCGGAUAACGCCGGCGAUUCCGAUUAUCGGCGGCAUUCUGUUUGUUUUCACAAUGAGCUCUCUCUUCCGCACAUCAUUCAGCGACCCUGGCAUCAUUCCGCGAGCCUCCCAGGACGAGGCCGCCUAUAUUGAGAAACAAAUCGAAGUGCCAAAUUCACUCAACAGUCCGACCUAUAGACCUCCGCCACGAACCAAGGAGGUGUUCGUUAAGGGACAAACAGUAAAACUGAAAUAUUGUUUCACUUGCAAAAUAUUUCGGCCUCCGCGAGCUUCCCACUGCAGUUUAUGCGAUAAUUGCGUUGAUCGGUUCGAUCAUCACUGCCCCUGGGUCGGAAACUGUGUUGGCAAGCGAAACUAUCGCUUUUUCUAUAUGUUUAUCGUCUCUCUCGCCUUCUUAGCAGUAUUUAUAUUUUCUUGUACAACGACACAUAUAGUUUUGUUAUUCAAGGACGAGGAUCAGUUUUUUGACAUUGUCAAAAAGACGCCGUUCAGUGUGAUAAUAGCCGUAGUUUGUUUCUGUUCGGUGUGGUCUGUGAUCGGCUUGGCCGGCUUCCACACCUAUCUGACAACCAGUGAUCAAACAACGAACGAAGAUAUCAAAGGUUCCUUCACUUCGAAGGCUGGUCAGCAAGCAAUUAACCCCUAUUCACAGGGCAACAUUUGUCUGAACUGUUUUCAUAUUCUAUGUGGCCCAAUCACUCCAUCGCUAAUUGAUAGGAGAGGAAUUGUGACGGAUGAAUAUCGAACACAGAUGCAAUCUUCAGAUAAAUACAAUACCGCUCCGGUGCCCCCGUUGGUGGUGAUGCAACCGGGAAUAGAUACAUUGAACAAAUCGUACAGUUUAGAGAACGAUACGCAAAACACCAACAUAGGUGUGUUUCGACAACGAAGCUACGAUAAUUUGCAGAAUGCGCCGAUACCGACGAAUUUCAAGUAUUUUGCUCCGCAGUCCAAGUAUAAUAACCACAACGAAAGUCAGAACCAGCUUGUUCCACAAGUUUCACCAGCGGUUUCUCAGAAUCAUCGAACUAAUCAUUCACUGCAGGAAACACCACAAAAGCAACAGCAGCAAAUUAAUAUAAACAUAAAUCUAACUUUGCCCAGGUACCCUUAUCAUAAAAAUCGUGCAAUCAGUAGAAAGUUAUCUCACGACCCGCAACUGCACGAUCAAUCUAGCAAGAUAUUCUACUCUAAUUAUCUACCCUAUCAUGAUCACUCGAGUACCAGCAGCUUGAACAAUUGUAACGCACCGCUUCAUCAGAAUGUGCCGAUGGAUUCGUCCUCUUCCUCUACCACUACGAUUUCCUCGACAACUUCCACAACUUCCUCUCUGGAGCAGAGCAACAUGCUACAGUCUGGUUCGUCAUCGUACCUCAACAGCUAUGAUACGAUUUCUGACCAGCAUGCAAAUUCUCUUCCCCAUACGUGUCCGAGCAGUCCACGGACACGUUGCGCUAGUCCGAAUUGUAGUGAAUUAGAUCCAAUGCUUCAGAAAACUAAACAGUAUCACCACAAAAAUUACAAGCUUUACAAGAAACAAUACCAGCAACAACAACAGCAGCACCAGUACAAUCAGGUGCAGCCUCAGUUUCCACAUUCGUCCGGAACGAACCCCAUAUCUCCACAACCUUCGUUCAGCCAAUUUAGCCCUAGCUUCUGGAGUGCGAAUAGCAACAGAAGUAGUGUUAUCAGCACCGGAACGCUGGGUUCGAUUGGUUACGGCGGAAAUGGAAGCGGAGGUGGUGGUGCUCUCGGUGGGGAAUGUAAUGGUGGAGUUGUUAAUGGGGGAACUUAUCAGAAUUACGGCAAUGGCAGUGCAAUACAAGGAACGAGCAGUAGUAGUCCUUAUGCACAACGUCGUGCGGAUUUGCAGCGAUUUUCCAAUGUAUACGAGUACAAGUUCAACAACUUUGAUCUUAAUUCGAUACACGAGGACACCACCAAUGAAACAUAACACAUAUUGCAUUUUUAGUUUUGUAAUUUUUUAUAAGCUUCGAUAAGGGUGCGCUUGAAUGCUUAACUAUCUGUGGGACUCUUACUUUAUGCUGGCUUAGAUUUUUACAUAUUGGUCGUGAAAUUGGCAUGGGUUUCGUGUUAUAUUCAAAUGUGGAUUGCGAGGAAGAAUAUAUAACUUGCUAUGAUCAAACAUAUGUACAGUUUAUUCAACAUUCUGGAUCAUCAUGUUGUCUUGUCAUAAACAUUUUGCCACACCUUACAUAGAAAAAGACAACUAGCUAUACGGUAUUCUCGAGCUUUGUCCAUACUGCUUGUUCAGAAGAAGACGUUCUCUGUGGAACUUUUGCCGUCUCAACGUAUGCAUUAACUAGCGUCAUUUAUUAAUACUUAGUUGAGAUUUCUUAAGCCAGAUAACACGCCUUGAAUGUAUUCCGAGGGGCAAUUUCUUGAAUACGCGUUACCACAGUGCAAGUGGAAGGAAAUUUCUUUGACGAAAAAUCCCCCGGCCAGAACGGGAAUCGAACCCGAACACCCGGUAUGAUAAUGUGAGACGCUAACCACUCGGCCACGGGUGCACAUUUUUUGAAACUCUCAGGGCAUAAAUAAACCCAUAUUAGCUAUAUUUUUGCAAAGUUGUUUUUUUUCGACCUCCUCUCCUAGGCUAAAUCCCCACACCUUAUACUUAACACUACCCAUUAAAUCCUGUGCAACACUUGCGCCAUCUUUUUUACACAUUUUCAUCCACUCUUUCUUCAAAUCCUGGUCGUUUUUAAUCGCCCAAUUUUUUUCUAUUAGAAGAAGUUCUUGCGAGAGGCAUCCUUCAGCAUAAAAACAACAUGGUCGUCUUCGUACCGCUUUCGUGUAAAUACACGAUGCCAGAUCCGGCCAAAACAGAGUGUCACCUUCGUGGGACGGGAGGAAGGGCAGCAGGCGCUUUUGAAGGCAUUUCUUUAUAUAUUUGGUCGUUGAUGGUGUACGGCUUGCUGAAUUUGAAUUUGCCGUUUCGGUUAGGUUCUUUCCUUACCUUGAAGACCGCUUCAUUGUCUGCUAGACGAACCAGACGGUAGGAUUAACCUUCUUGGGCACGUCCCGAACCGACAGGUUUGGAUUGCGCUUGAAGCUAUCCUUUACCUUCCUUGCCUUCAUGGUCGUCUUUGCUUUUCUUCCACUGCCAGCUCGCCGCUGGGUUUUCUGGGUCUACUUGAACGAUUUUACCACACGGGAUACGGUCGAACGGUCGAUUCCCCACUGUUUCGCAAUCUAUCUGUGGGACUGGCCUGGAUUUUAACACACCGCGCCCAUAUUUUUUCUGUCGAAGCACUUCUUGCUUGGAAGUCGUCUCGUUAACCAUUCGACAAAUUGUGUCGAAAUUUUACACAUGUAAACAUUGCACUCUAAACUAGUAUUAUCCAAAAUUUCAUCAAUUUUCACUCAUGCAAUAAAAAAAGUUAUACACAAAAGAAAGUGUAGCAUUUUUUCGAGAACAAUCUUUAGUUAUAUCAGUCUUCUCUCGGUGAUUGGUUUUGAGUCACCUAGCUUGUUCACUAAGUACUACGACUUUUGCAUGGAUAUAGUACAUCAACUCACAUGAACCCACGAAGAGCAUAUUGGAUCAACCAAUUCUUUGACCUUUGAAAUAUGCCAUUUACCGGUAAUUUUGAGUAAAGUGUACAUAUCGUACGUACAUCGUACAUCAUGUAAACGUGAUGGGGAUUGUCCAGCUGACUUCCUCAACAUCUUCAUGGCACACAUUGAAGCGUUUCUAUCACGCCAAAACUCUAGUUUUACUCAGAGAGUAAUUAACGUUUAUUAUAUUUAAUGAAAAAAAUGAAAGAAAUCAUUCAUCGUUAUUUCAAAGAAAUUCUCUCACUUUACUAGUGAUAAGCCGGCGUACUUCUUCUUCAGCUACGGUCUUGGUCUGCUUGUUCCACCAAUACUUCAUCUGACCAAUAUCGCUGGUGAUUGCUCUCUUUAUCUUCAUUAGUAUUUAGGCAUUGGACGAAAAUGGGGACAAUUUGGUGGAUUCAGCAGCUUUCGUUUGUUGAAGCACUCUAUAUUGUAUACAAUCUGUCCAACUUCUAUAAGACCAGGUGAUGAUCAUGCAGCUCUGUGAUAUUGUAAACAAACAAUGCUUCAAUUUAUAUUCUAGUGUAUUGGUAUUGGUGACUACCAUACACUGCAUGAUUUUCAUAUGUGUGUGUGCAAGCACUGAGCGUAAACGAAUGCUUUUGUAUUUUUCAAGUGUCAAGUUUCUAUAAGACCAGUUACAUUUUUCGUUGUUUUAGUUGUUUUGAUCAAUAAAUCUGGAAAAUGAUGAAGGGAAAAGUGCUGACGGAUAAAGAAGAAAGACAAUUCUAUUUCAUUUCAUGUUGGUAUCAGAGGAAUCACUCGUCGGAUUGGACGAUACCAUCAAGAGGUGCUCGAUUAGUUGACGAAUCUUCAAGGAUACUGUAAGAAGGAGAGAUCUCCAUGUAUAUCGAAGCUCUCUGACCGGCAUAAGCGGGAAAUAGCUAGAACAGCUUCGAAUUCUUCAAAAUCGCUUAUGCAAAUGAAGCAUUAUUUCAAUUGAAAUGUUACUCAGGUCACAAUUCGUCAAUAUUUGGUAAAAAAUCCUCACAUAAAGAGGGUUUAAAAGGUUAAAGCUCCUCAUCUUACACCAUCCCACAUCAGAAGACGUCUGAGUUUUGCCAAAGCUCACAUGAACCGACAGUGGGGCAUGGUAUGUCAUGACAAAUAAUGUUUCCAAAAGAAUACAUUUUGCUAUAUACCAUAACGAAAAGUUCUUCAAUAUAUAGGUUAUCUCCAGUGAUGAAAACAAGUUCUAUUUGGAUGGUCCUGAUAGUUUUAACGGGUAUUGGCGUGAUUUACGUAAGGAGGAACAUUAUUAUUCAACCAGGAAUUUUGGUGAAGGCUCGUGCAUGGUUUGAGCGGGAUUCUGUGCAACUGGGAAGCUCAAGAUAGCUUUCACAUCAUUCAAGGAUUACAUACAUGUUCUGGAAUCCUGUCUCCUACCGUUUUUGUGUUGAUAUCGUCACAAAAAAUCACAUCACAGCAAAACAAUGCUACUAUUCAUGCCAGCAAGGAAACUAAGCAAUGGAUUAAGGACCAAAAACUUAUUUUUUUGGACUGGCCGCUCGCUCUCCAGAUUUGAAUCCUGUUGAAAAUCUUAGGGGGGUCCUUGUACGCAGAAUCUACACUGAGGGAAAACAUCAUCACGAUUGAAGAGCUCAAGGUCGCAAUUUCGGAAACAUGGAAAAAUAUCGAGAAAUCCGUUCAGCAGCAUUUGGUAAAUAGUACUCCAACACGAAUUUUCCAGGUUAUUAGUCGAAAUGGCAAGGUUGUCAAUUAUUGACAUGUAAAUCAGCCGAUUGUUUUGAAUUUUUCAUCGAUAAUACUUAUGAAUUUUGAAAUGGUCUUAUAGAAACUGGACUGCUGAAAUUAUCAUAUUUAAGCACAAUAAAUAAACAAACAACUCGUUUGAACAAAAUGACAUUAAAUGUACUCUAUUCUGAGCAUUCAACAAUGUAUGUCUUGUUGAAAUUCUAACUGUUAGUGUUGCAACGAAAUGUGCUCCCUUGGUCGAGUGGUUAGCGUCAUAACUAACAUGCUGGGUGUUCGGGUUCGAUUCCCGUUCUGGUCGGGGGAAUUUUUCGUCAAAGAAAUUUCCUCCGACUUGCACUGUGAUCACGCGUAUUCUAGAGCUUGCCACUCAAAAUGCAUUCAAGGCGUGUUAUUUGGCAUAGAAAUCUCAAUUAAGUACUAAUAAAAAUGACGCAAGUAAUACUACGUUGAGACGGCGAAGUUUCUCUAGGAACGUUAGUGCCAUUGGAGAGAGAGAGAGAGAGAAGUUGCAACGAAAUAGAAUCAGGGUGGACUUAUAGAAGUUGGACAGAGUGUACUCUCGAAAUCAAGGUCUCGUUCGAUAUAUUUUAUACAAAAAUAAACGUAUUUUGUAUGCAUUUUAUACAAAAAUAAACGAAUCUACUAAGGACCUUUCUGUGAGCAGGUGCCUUGUAGAAUUUCACCCUGGGAUUUGGUUCAAAUUGGUUUUCGCAGUUUCGUCACAUCCAUCGCGUUUCGACAGCACCUGGUCGAAUUUGCUGCAUAGUACAACGAUUAGCAUUCAGUUUUCCGCCAAAUCUUAAUCAGUCACUCGCGCCACAGUUUUUUUUUUUAUAAUCCAACAAUUUUGCCGGCUCCCAAGUUGACACUGAUGGAACUUGAAGGUAUCUGUGCUCAAUUAUUUUUUAUAAUAAUCAAUAUCUCGGAAUCACGUUCGUCUUAACGUCUUAAGUGAUUUCACUACUCUGCUGAGCGUUCUGGCGCCCUAUGUUAUGAAAGUACCAACGAGUGAGACUUUAUGUUGUACAAGAAAGGGUUAAACUGCGAAAAAAUAGACCGAGCAAAUUUGUUUACAAACAACAAAACGCUGCCAAGAGCAUACAUUGACCACUGACCACUGGGAGCGCUGCUAUCGCCAAAAUUAAGUGGUUCAUUUCUAAAUGAUAUGAGCUUUAGAAUCGUUCCUCAGCUCUGCCGUGAUCUCGCAAAGUGUCGCAAGCGCCAAUAUUGACAUUUUACUUUUUGUGUUAUAGAUCGAUAAGGAAUACCAAAUCCUUUGAAACGGCUGCUAAGUUUUACAGAAAUGUGAAAAAAUGACCCCGUAAAAGCUUGAAAAGGGAAUGGGGUAAGCGCCAUUUCCACUGUGAUGUGGCGCAAGUGCCAUUUCUCUUUAAUGUGAAGUAAUUUGAUUAUGAUGCGAUGUGAUUUUUUGAUCUGUUCAGAUGGCAUAAAAUGAACGAGCAGGGACAGCAAAUCUCACAUAACAUCUUCCGUAAUGGAAUUUUAGCAUAAUGAGAGUCAUAUGCCUUCUUUCUUGUAAAAAAAAAACACUUUCGAAAAGCUCGUCAUGCCAAAUAUUUCAAUCAAAAAUAGUCGAUCCCCGUGCAGUGCUACAUUUAUAACAGCAAUUUUGUUUUAGAACUACAAAUUAUGUACUUAGAGACUCUGUUUAAAAGUCUCGUCAAAUAUUUAAAUUCAAACUCAAACGUUGAAAAUUCAAAAAAUCAAACUCAUGUUGAAAGAAAAAAAAAUAUCCUAGAUUGAAGUGUAUUGUUGUUCUCACAUAUUGCACAUUAUGAUUGUAACUAAAUAGUUAAAACUCAUCAAUUUAAUUGUUGAUUGCAGGGAUCUCCCAAUAGUGUACUUUAUCGUCACAGAGCAAGGGACAAAGCUUCUUGACGAUGUUUAUUUACCUCACCUGCCAAUUUAUCUUUCGGAUGGAUUGAAACUGAGUGUUGAUUGAAUGGUAAAUGUCCGAUUUGGUGAACAGCUGCACUCUUCUCAAUUCCCCAUCGAAACGCAUCUUAUAACAAACAUAGCUUAAAUAAACUGCAUUUUGUUUUUCCAUCAAUUGUACACAAUUUGUACAGAUCAGACUUUCGUAAUAAACGUGUAUGCUGAUUAUACAUGCAAUUUUGCGAAAAGUCUUGUACUGAAAAUUCUUCCCUCUGGCACUUGCGUCAAUUUGCGAGAUUACGGCAGAGCUGCCCCGAUCCUUAUCAAGUUUUUGAAAUGUUGUUGUACCAAAUAUAGUUGAGAAUAUUUUGGAUAUGGACAUAUCCUAAUUUAGGGACUAAAAUAUCAUUUGAAAACGACUCGUAACGUAUGAUCGAAAUGUAGUAUUCGCCAAAAGUUGUCUGAAAAUUUAUUUUUUGUUCAUCUCUAUUCUUUUUUUUACAUAUUCUAACUGAAAAAUACUGACCCAACUCACUAAAUUAUGGCAUGUGGUGUAUAUGGGUUAGACUUCUAGGCAGAAUAUGAGCUAAAUUGACUAAGAUCAGAGAUUAAUUGGUUAUUCCAGACUUUUAAUUUUGAUUCUCAGAAUACAAUUGAUUUAAAAAAAAUUGUUUGUCUUGAACUACGAAUCGUCUAAGUAGAUAUUAGUGUAUACAAUUGUUACGGCGAGUAGAACCGAGAAAAUAGGUCUAAGGUCCAGCUGAAACUUUUGUAUUUUUCUUCGUUCGAGCAUCAACUGAAUUAUCCAUGACAUUAUUCGGGUGUUGUUUUUUGAAUUCAUCCAGGAAUUUAUGCUUUAGCUAAAUCGAAUUUCAUGCUUCCAGACGCCAGCUGGCAAACGACGCUAUGGAGUUUCUAUGGUAUGAUUUCAUACUUCCUAAAGCCGGAAGCUGGCUCGUAUGUAAUGCUAGUGCCCCCGAAAGUUCACUGAUAGAGCUCCCGAUUCGUUGCAUUCUUAAAACUCACGAGAACUUGCCAUCAUCUUGCAUCUUAUGUGAUGUAAAUUUCUCUAUUGUGAUAUUUAUUUGGUAGUGUAAGCAUUGUUCCAGGACACGCACUUUCUUCGGCAUUGUCUCUGCUACGUCCCGGCACGUACUGACUGGAAUAGUAUACUCCUGGAUUUGUUUCACAUUUCUUCUUAAUUCCCUGAUUUCACACGGAUUCGACCAAGUUCGCUUUUGUUUUAUGUUGUUGAUAUGCGAGAUCUUCCUAUUGUUUCAAAUAAAGACGAACGACCGGAAGUUCUUAUUGGGCUGUUUUGAACCAAUUGAACUGUAUCAGAAUGUUUGUCAACGAAUCGAAUAUUAUCAGUAGAAGGGAUACGCUCAUGGUGCUACCAUGGAUGAACUUAUCACUAUUUCCAUGUUCAGUUCGUUGGGGUGCUCCCUUGGCCGAGUGGUUAGCGUCAUAACUAACAUGCCGGGUGUUCGGGUUCGAUUCCCGUUCUGGCCGGGGGAAUUUUUCGUCAAAGAAAUUUCCUUCGACUUGCACUGUGAUCACGCGUAUUCUAGAGCUUGCCACUCAGAAUGCAUUCAAGGCGUGUUAUUUGGCAUAGAAAUCUCAACUAAGUACUAAUAAAAAUGACGCAAGUAAUACUACGUUGAGACGGCGAAGUUCCUCUAGGAACGUUAGUGCCAUUGAAGAAGAAGAAGAUGUUCAGUUCGAUAAACAUCAUGAUAAUUAUGAUAAACAUGAUUACUUUGACAGUGCAGAUAUUGUGGAAAAAGCUGUCGUGCGAGCUGGUUAACCAAGUGCAUUCACUCUAAAGCGGACUUUACACGGUCAAUAUUAUUGACAAUAUGAUCACAUUUGAGAGCAUAAUGACAGCUGAACAUGGCCGACGACGCAGAAAUCCGGAUUUUCCGAUUUUCGAGCAUCAAUAUCGUGACAUUUCAUAUGGAUGCAUGAUUUUGACGUUUUACCUCACGGACUUCCAGACUUAGUUGCCAGAUUUGCAAGCGGACAUUGACUUUUUGUUAGUCUUUUUUGCGAUUGCAAUUAAAAUUUAUAAACUACUGAAAUUGUGGGAAUCAUAAAUGAAAGCUUUUGGUUUGGAAAAAAACAACGUUUUUGGAAUUUUUUAACGUUGAACUCGGUCAUUCUUUGCGCUUUGAGCGGGUUGUGUGUUUCUUCUAACUCCGCUAUAAAAUUUGGAGAAUGAGAAGAUCUGGGAAAAUUACAGAUAAAAAACAUAAUGUGUUAAUUGAAGCUACAGUAGAAUUCCGAUUAUCCGCGGAAAAGUCAGGCAAACUCACCGCGAAUAACGAAAAUCGUGGAUGACCCAUUAAAGGACUAAAAAAGAGAAGCAAACGCGAAAAAAGAUGUUUCAACAUAAAAACUAUGUUUUAUCAAUACAGAAAUCAUUAAACUAUCCAUUUUAUAACGUCGUGUACACCCGUGGCUAAAUAAUGUCAAAGUCUUGACCACAACAAAAGAGCAUGGGCCUACCACUCACUAACACAUUCCGGAAACGCCAAUUGAUUUACUAUGGAACUCGCAGUCGCGAAUAAUCCACAGGGCGGAUCUCCCGCUCGCGGAUAAUCAGGAUAAUUUAUGGAAUAAAAAUAUUUGCUUGCAGAUAAUAUAACAUGCAUUUAUUUUCGCAAACUAAAAUAAUCUGGCAUCUCUGAAACUGAAAGGAACAGUCUGUAUUUGUGAAGCGAGUACCGUUUUGUCUCAAAUUCCGAACACUUAAGCCUUGAUGGCCACUAAACAGUGUCUCAUCACUCAAAAUAGUCGUUUUUCGCGAAAUUAAUUUGAUUUUUGGAUACAAUAGAGCCUUCUUUUUCAUUUCACUUAAAAAAAUUGAUGUACAAAUAUAUUUUCAUGGUCAAAAAUAAAAAAUUACAUUAAUCACAUUUGUCUCAAAUUCCGAACAGCAAAAAGGCAAAAAAUUCACAACUUUUAAACUACUGGGCUGAUUCGGAUGAUCGAUAUAUGAAACUAAAGCGAAUUAGCUAGUCUUUGAUAUUAUUUUGUUUUCGUAAUUAUUGGUUGUGUUCAUUUUUAUUAAUUUACAUGGUUUCGGGACCAAGGGCACCAUAUUUUUUUUAUAUUUUUGCUUGAAAGUUGAGCAUUUUUUACAUAACAUAUCCAAGAACCAGAGAUGUGUUUUUUUAUCGUUUUUGAGUUAUUAUUUUUUAAAGACAUGAUUUAGUCUUCGUUCGAUAUUCCUAUGCGACUAGACGAGAUCUAUACGAAUAGGAUUCUUUUAUUUGCAAAUUCAAUAUUUUUUCAAAGAAGACUAGCUCAUUGACUUCAAUUUAAUAUGCCCAUUAUCCAAAUCUGUUCGGUAGUUCGAAGUUAUGAAUUUCUAGAAACGUCAUUUUUGGAAAAAAAAGGGAAAAAGAUUUUUUAGAUCAUCGAUUAACGUUGAAAAAUUAUAAUUCAAAAACGAAAAAGAGCACAUCUCUGAUUUUUGGAUAUGUUAUGUAAAAAAUCAUCAGCUUUCAAGAAAACAUAUAAAAAAUACAGCGCCCUUGGUCCCGAGACCAUGGAAACUAUAAAAAACAAAUACAGGUGUAUUAUCUUUUAAAAAAAACACCUAACUGGCUUUAAUUUGAUAUGUCGAUCAUCUGAAUCGGUCCAGUAGUUCAAAAGUUAUGAUUUUUUGAAAAAAAGUUAUUUUAGAAAAAAAAAAUGAAAUCGGACAACCACUAUAUCGCGUUGGCAUGGAAUGGCUGUAUAAUCGAAUCAGUAUAUAAUCGAGUCCGACCUGUUACUUUUUAUUGUAGAUUCUUACUUUUUCUAGCAGUUAAAAUGAAAAAAAGCAAACAAAAAAGUUGUUUGUUUUUUAUGCAAUUUGCUAACGCAAACAUUUUAUCUUUGGUUUUGACUGUCACUUUUCUGUAAAUGUUUAAUAUUAUUAAUUAUAGGCUGUAUCAAUGCCUGUAAAUGAUGUUAAAAUGUAGCUUAUAACUCAAAGAAUGUCAGAGCUUUCAUUAUUCAAUUAUUUAUAACUUUACAUUUAAAAAUGAAGUGUUCGGAAUUUGAGACUGUUCGUAAUAUGAGACAAAACGGUAUUAUGAUGUGUUUUUGAGGAAACACGAAUUCUUAAGUGUAAAUUAUAAAUGAAUAUUAAUUUUUCCGAAUGAAAUUAGUAUUUUUUGUGAAUGCAAAUCACAUUUUUUCUGCAAGUGGUGAGAAAAUCCCAUACAAAAAUUGAAAUUGACGGUAUAUUAUAAUGAUAAAUUUUAGUAGGAAUAUCUGAAGAUUCAGAGGAAAUAGGUUAUGUUAGGGUGUUAGGACUACUUGCUUCAAGUAAUUAAAUAAUACAAAGCAUAUAUUUUCAUUCAAAUUUUAACAAUUGAAAAUUGCCUUUUAGCCUUCUAAUUUGAUGGAGAAUAGUUUGGAUCCCAAACUCGAAUAUCAUCACUAGCCAUCGCGGAUACUUUCGUUGUUCCGGGUUGAGGGCGAUAUUAAUGAUUGUAAGGUGGCAAAAUAUUGAUUGAGGUUAGAUCAGAUGUCGAAAGCCUAGCUGUCACGAUAUUGAAGAUCCUUAUUGUCAAUAAUUUUGAUCGUGUAAGGUGCCCAUAAGGCUAAAUUUGAAAUGAGAAACUAUAAUUCGGCAAAAUUUCUGCAUGGGAGAACGAAAGCCAUCCAAUCCAUUCAUUUAUGAAUUAGAACACAAUUGACCAUCGAGUAAUCUAACACCAGCGGACAGAGAUGAAGAAACGGAGACACAUGUGCUGCAUCAUGACAUGAUUGUAACGGAGCCCGUUUUCGACGAACAGCGUUUCUCGAAUUGGAGUCGACUGAUGCGUACCGUCGCACAUGUCGAACGCUGUUUGAGUAAUCUGCCCGACAUUCUUCCAAAAAGGAUGUAAAGUGACGAACCAACCAGAAGUGUUGAAAGUCAAUGUAAUACAGAAAGAAUAAAAAAAAGGUCUGAGGCGUGAGAAGGAAGGUCGAAGUCGUCGAAGGUUCCUGUCGACGCAGUGAAGGCAACGAAUUAGCAACAACUACUGACCAUCGCAAGGGUAAAUAUAAGAGCAAUUAAACAACCUCUUCCGAUGGUCGAGUUUCAGAGAGCAAAAUCUUCGUUGUGGAAGAUGGUCCAGAACCAGGAUUUCUACAAUGAGAUGAGAGUACUGAAGAAAAAUUUGGAUAAAACGCCUGAUGCUUUGCUGGAGAAAAUCAUACGCUCAAAACGAUCAAUAAGAGAACCAAAUGGAAGAAGAAUGUAAAACCAGGUGGUGAAUGGAUCAAUCCGGAAGUGUUGGAUCCAUUGAACCAUCGAGAACGUGAUACCAGAUUCGGAUAGAAGUAUUUGACAAAAGAACGUGACAAUUUCUAAGGAAUUGCUAGAAAUCCGUGAAAGUAGAUCCGGUUCGUCCAAGGUACCGGACUCAAGGGCGUGGGAAAUAUCAACACCGCUGGGCAACCGAUCUAAUGUGGGAUUUGAAGUGUCAUACGUGGGUCGGAUAGAAUCGAAGACAUGAAAACUAAAACAAGUCAUUUACAGAGCUGAACAUGGAAAACUUAUCACAACUAAAUAUUUCUUGAAAUUAAUAUCAUGCUGAAACACCUUUGUCGUUCGUGUUUGUAUUUCAUUGUUAGUCCUUUAUUGCGUUAUCCGCGAUUUUCGUUAUCCGCGGUGAACUUUCCCGACUAUUUCGCGGAUAAUCAGGGUUCUACCGUACUUUGUUAAGAAUUCUGCUGUUGAGAUGUUUGAAUUUAUAUCCGCCUAGAGUACUUUAUCUGCUUAAAACGAAUUAUCUCAGGUUGGUGCAAAGUUAGCAGCAUCUGAAGAGGUACUGCUGUCGUCCAUCCGCGGAACCGAUUCCUGUGGCUUCACGUAGCUUCGGGUCAUGAAGGCCAUUCGAACGAAAUGUUUUCGAUCGUUCUAGGAUGACAGCAAUAUCUCACCUAGCUUUUCCAUUUGCUUAAUAUGCGUGUCUUUAUAGCUCCGGCUCAUUUUCUCCCGAAAUAUUUCUGAAACUGGCGUUUAAAUACCUCAGGUUUGAUUGUUGUCGAGACUUUGUACCACCUUGAUAAGUACAUUACAUUAGAGAGUAUUUCUGCGACCAAUCGCGGCAUUGAAAGUGUCAAAUUCAAAAGGUUUGUUUGCGUUUCUUCAAUAUCAGCGCUGAUAACUUAUUAUGUCAAAUUCCCCCAGAUUGUGGCUGUUUUGUUUAUUACGUCGCUGUAUAACAUAUUGGAAAUUAGGAACGAAACUAUUUGUUUAGAUAUGCAUAACCAAAACUAGGGACUUAUCAUUAGGGGCUUCAUUAACAUCAUUAUUUGAAAACGACUCUCAUGAUCGAAAUGUGGUCUUUGCCAAUGUAGUACGAAGAAGUUAAAGUAAUUUUUCACUAAACACUACUCCUUAUUUCAUGAACUAUAGCGUAUGAUGAUGCCUUGUGAAUUUUAUAAACGUUAAUAUUUAUAUGUUUUAAUUGCAACACUUGAGCCUCUGUUUUUUAACAAAAAUAGUCCAAAAAAGCUACUAAAGCUUUUUUUUUAUCCAAAAUAUAUAUUUUUAUUAAGGCUCAUAUGGCGUCAGCCUAAAGGAGCCGGGAGUUCAAUAUUUCGACAAUGUUUGCUUACAACUAUGUUAGUAAUAUGUAUCCGAUUACUCGCGGUUGGCUCGAGGUUAGUAUUACAAGUGUUCUCAUAAUUGGUAUGUUGCAGUCUUCGAUGCUCUGUACGUGUGCCCGACACGGGAUACUUCCUAUUGGGAUGCAGCUGACCAUUAAUCAGCAACGCCUCCCUAGUCUGUACCCCAUAUCUAGCGUGGUGCGUCUUUCUCGACUCGAGGAAUCCAGGAUAGAAUGGUCACUAGCCGGCGCAAUCAUCAGCUCGUGUAGAGUUGUCAUGAGCGGUACAACCUUUGACUCUUGUUGAAUGAUCAGUGGACUGCAUAACCUUUGGCCCGUGUAUCUGUAAAGAGUGUGUGUAUGUAUUGCCGCGACUAAGUAAAAGUUUAUCGUUUGGAUAGGAGGGAUAUGAAACGGGGACACAACGAAGGAAACAUCAUUAAAUGUUGACAUCGGCGUUUCUGAGGAACAGGUAUAGAUGAAGCAGAAGAUCAGGAUCACGGCUACCUAAGAUAUCCCGGACGGGGAUAUCCGAUUGUCUGCCUUGUGCUCUCAGUGCUCUAGAGAGCUGAGAGCGAGCAGAAUGGAACCGGAUACACGACCAGACAACAUGCUCGAUGUCGUGGUAGCCAUCGCCACAAUCACAAAGAUUGUUUGCUGCGAGCCCAAUGCGAUAGAGAUGCGCGUUUAGGUUGUAGUGAUUGGACAUAAGCCGAGAUAUCACGCGAAUGAAAUCACGACCUACAUUCAAUCCCUUGAACCAUGCACUCGUCGAGACCUUAAGGAUAAUCGCGUGUAACCAACGACCGAACUCAUCACCACCCCACAUGCGCUGCCAUCUUACGAGCGUAUACUGACGAAGAAUGUAGAAAAAUUCAUUAUAAGCAAUUUGCCUUUCAAAAAGUGUGCCUUCUAAAGCGCCCACCUUAGCUAGCGAGUCCGCUUUCUCAUUCCCCGGAAUCGAGCAAUGAGAGGGAACCCAUGCUAAGGUAAUCUUGAAUAAUUUUUCGACCAAAACACUCAAUAGAUGUCUUAUUCUUGUUAGGAAAUAAGAUGAGCAUUUAUCAACUUUCAUUGAGCGGAUUGCCUCUAUUGAGCUGAGACUGUCUGAAAAAAUAAAAUAGUGGUCGAUGGGCAAUGUUUCAAAGAUCCCUAAUGCGUAAUAUAUCGCACCCAGUUCAGCGACAUACACGGAACAAGGAUCUUUGAGUUUGAAAGAGGCACUGGAUUUUUCAUUGAAGAUGCCGAAGCCAGUGGACCCGUUUAUGAAUGAACCGUCAGUAAAGAACAUUUUAUCAGAUCUAACUUUCCCAUAUUCUGCCGAAAAUAUCGGCGGAAUAGAAUCGGAGCGUAGGUGAUCUGGGAUUCCAUGGAUUUUUUGUCGCAUGGACAGAUAAAAAGCUUGUUUCAGUUCCAUUUUGGUCGCAUAAAGUAGGACAUUUCUCAGCAUAGACAUGAGGUAAAAAGUAGGGAAGGAUGUCACUUAGAGGCGAAUGAACUGCAAAGUUUAAAGCCUCUUAAAAACAAAGAAGAAGAAGAAGAAGGAUGUAAUUUUGUAGGUUUGAGGGAAAAAAUACAUGAACAUUAUCCACAUUCUUUUCGUGUGGGAAAAAAUACAUGAACAUUAUCCGCAUUCUUUUCGUGUGAUGCAAGUUAUCAUUUUCUGCACAGUUCUGCAGGUAACCGUAUUUGCUACCUUGUUCCACCACUUUUCCAUUUGAGCUGGUUUUUUUAUGGUUUUGCCACAUUUCUUGAGCUUGCCUUUGAUAAUUGUCCAAUAUCUCUCGAUGGGACGAAAAUCUUGACAAUUUGGUGGAUUGAUAGUUUUUUUUUCAAUGAAAUCGAUCUUGUUCUUGACGACACUUGACGACAUCCCGGUUGUGAUGGUCGCUUUCCGAGUCAGGCCAGAGCUUCACCGGCUCUUCGUGAUCGAAAGAAUGGCAAAAUUCUGUUCUGAAGAUACUCCUUCUGUAAAAUGUGUCAUUAAUUGUUGUCCCAGUGAUGAAAACCUUUGUCUUCUUUCCACAAGUACAUAUUCCUUGCAAAAUCAUCAACUUAUGGGCAACUUUAUUUGCGUGAACCAGUUUGAUGCUAUCCGCUACACUCCCUUUUAGGUUUGGCAAGGUAAAUUUUUUUACCGGCUAUUUGUACGAAAUUCAUUUUUACAUAUGCUUCAUCGUCCAUCAAAAUGCAUCCUGUGUAUUUGGUCAACGAUUACUCGUACAGCUUCCUUACACGGGUUCUAGCAACCAUGUUUUAUUUCAGCGUCAUGUUGGGAUGUUUGUCUUUUCUCCAGAUCAAUCGAGUUCUUGACAUGAGUGUGCAGAAUUUUUUGUCACCAUUCGCGUUCCAUCCUCGAUAACUUUUGAAUGUGUUCCUCAAUCUUGAUAAAGUUUUCACUACUGAAUGAACAAAUCACUCGGAUCAAAACGCUGUCGAUGGUUUCUCGAUGUGACAACGAGGGACGCUGCAGUGAAUAAAAUGAGCGACCAAAUCCUAACUGAAACACACUUUACUUCAUGGAAAACAAAAUAUUAGUGAUUAGUUAUAAACGUAAUUUUUUAUUUACAUAGAUGUAUGACAAAUUAUUGAGGCGUCUUUUGAGAAGAUUAUUUGGGAUUCAAACAGAAAAAAAACAUCUAAUGGUUAAAUGAUGAUGCAAUAUCUCAAACAGUGUUGAGGUUGCAUAAAUCUCACAGUGUUUCAUAAACCGCAUUAUACGCAUACCGCACGAAAAUUCUCUAUUUUCCAUUACGUUCGAGGAGUGGUUUUCUUUGGAUGAUUCGCGCGAUCCACAUGUCCUAAUAACACGAAUACAAAUUGGAUUGAAGGAAACAAAAAGCAAAAAUUCGCCAUUUAGAAAGCUACAAAAAAUUACAAAACCGCUAAAAAUACAAUUUGUGGUUACAAACAACACAAUGAAAAUAGUUUAUUAUGCCAAUAGUAUUGUUAUAAUAGCGGUGACGACAUUGGUAUUGUUAUUAUUAUUUCUAUUGAAAAAGUUGCGUUGUUCUUAGCGUGUCCUUGCGAGAUAGCCUUUCCCCUUGAUUAUUCGAUAAGCGACGAGUAUUUUAUGAAUGUGGACAAUAAUCAAAAAAUAUUGUAGGGUAUACCAAUGGUAGAAUUAAUUUUCUCCUUCAGUCCUGCACCAAAUUUCCCUGAAACUCCCGAUAUAUUGCCGAUUGCCGGUUCCAAACGAAGCCUUUUUGGGAUGGUUAUUUCGAAUAUCUUUUUUAACAUUGGUUAACAUGACUAGAAGAAAAAGGCUACAAGUACUGCACUGAAUUGAACAUAACCAAAGCACUGUAACAGUCUCCGAUUCAGCUGCAAUGAAGAGAACCAAAGUCUUAUGAAAGGAACGUGGUCGGAAAGAAUAUUCGAAGUAUGUGAUUUAUUGUCUGGAAGAAAAAAAAAUGCCUUAUGGUAUUUAGGAAUGAAGAUCUUAGAAUGGAUUAAGCUUCAAUAUUUUUUUCCUGAUAAAAAAAUAUCUCAAUAGAUGAAACAGACAAAGUUUACUUCAGAAAUUUUUAAAUCUUCAUGCAUCUUUAUUAAAACUACGAAUCGAAACGAGCAACGUUCUUAGAAAUCUGAAGAUAACUGAAGUAAAUAGCAAAUAGGAAUAAAAUAUGUUGAUAGUUUUUAUUUAUAAUGAUGAUAUUAAAAUCGAAUUCGCAACGAUUAGUUAAGACAGUCGAUGUUAGCGAAGACUAAAAAUGUGCACUGUCAUUCUUACAUAGUGAGCUAGGAUACUCAGCAUUCGCGUAGAUCCUUGUUGCGUUUUGUGAUAUUCUAAUGUGAGAAAAACAAGAAUAAAUUAUAAUUCAAUUGUAUUUGUUUGUUGAAGAAAACCGUAGUGAUUAAAUUGGCGCCUAGCGUGUUUGCAAUAAAGCUGAACUACGUUUUGUAGAUUUCAUGAAGUGGAGAUUAUACGGAGGAAGACGUAAGAUGAGCUAUUUAUUUUCUCUAUGAUAUUUUUCUGUAAAACAAGUGUUAAACAAUAUACUGAAUUGUUUAUGAAACCAGACAAUUAAUAAAAAAGUGACCAAAGAAUAAGAUAAUUUAAUUCAAAUCAAGGCUCAUACGAAAUCCCAACAGACAGUGUUGUAGUAUUAAUUACUAAUUACCUUACUGAAUAACCAGAAACGCGGGUGAGUGUUCGCAAAUUUUGUUUUACUUUUUUCUCCAACUUAAUAUGGUAACCCUUGUGUUACAGUAAAAAAAUGCUCAUAAAAGUUUCUCUUUCAUAUUUGUUUAGUUUAAUUUAUUACUUUUCUUUCGUUUCGUUGAUUCAGCAAUUUGCAUCCCCAAACUAUUAAAAAAUAUCACUAAAAAAUAUCUUUAAAAAUUAAAAAAAUAUCACUGUUACCCGGCAUGUAGUUGGAGCUGUUCUGUAUUUAGUCCUAUGCGUAUAUGUAUGUUCCGUUCAAAGUUAUUGCUAGUUACACCUUUCAUCCAAUCGUUGCAUUAAUUAUAAACCAAUGGUAUAACAAUAUCAAUUUGCUCAACAAAUAUGGCGUCCUCUCUAAAAAUGAAUCGGUAUAUUAGAUGCUUGUAUUUUUCUGUCAUAUGUGAUUGAUCGAAUCAGAAUCUAAGAAUACAUUGGGAAUCCAUUAAUACUCAAUAUCAAUAUCAUUGAGCAUCUUCUGAUUGGUCUCUUCUACAAAUUUGAAACUUGUAAUUUGUGGUUUGUAGUCUCUAUAAUAGAAAAAAAAAUCAACCGAAAAAACGCGAAAAUAUUGCCAUGAAAUAUUAUGAAAAAUUAAAAAAAAAAUUAUGGGGGUUUCGAAAAAAAAAUGUUGAUGCCAAAUGUCUUAAAAUUGCAUGAAACGUCGAGAUCUAGUGUCAUAUCGAAAUUCGUUUUUGUCAAAAAUCGGUAUUCUGGGACUUUUUUUCCGGAGUACGAAACGAAAAGUAUAAUUUUGGGUACCAAUAAAAAGUUAUCUCGAUUUUUCAUUCGAAACGGAUUUGUUUAGUUGGCAUUAUCCAAGUGUCUUACAAACGACCUAUGCAAUGAAUUCGAAAUUUUCUCAUCACGUCUUUUGGCAUCCAACAGCUGGGACCAAGUUAUAUCUGAGUCACUAAAUUUUUGAGCAAGAAGAUUCGUCUUGAGUAGCCUGAAUUCGUUGUCCAAGUCUUACAAUUCAAAGGAUUAUUAUUACCUGCUUUAACGAAUUGAGGAAAUUGGCGCAUCAAAUCAUUAAGGUUUGGUAGCUUGGCGAAAUUUUGUGGGUUUAUCAAGGCCGUGGUUUUGAUAACCGGAUUGCUAAAAUCAAAUCGCAUUGAAAUCUGUUUCACGAGUUCAAUAUAGAAGUCACGCCAAAUCGAUUUGAAGAUCAGAUUCCUAGCUGCAUUCAAUCCUCUUUCAGCUCCUUCCGCAUCAAUACAACCGUUAUCAAGCUUCUACUGAAAGUCUUCAAAAUUUUUCACAUCAAUUUCAGCAUCAGCGAAUUGUUGCAAGUAGCUCUCCAAACAUAAGGUACUAACAUGAUCAGCACUAUCAUUUUGGUCUCAUUACAAAGUUCGCAAAAUUGAGAACUUUCUGAUUGAAAAGUGUAAUUGUCGCUAUUGAUGAGCGGUAGAACAACGUUUAGAAACAGCAUAAUCAGUAUACGAUUGGCGUAUUGAUUAUGGUCAUACUUAACUUAGAACGAAUAGAAUAGCUCUUAAAAUCGCUCAAUAUUUCGCUUAAAAACUGCCUCCAACGAAAGCCAUUCGUUGCGUUGCGUUCAACAUUGUUAUAAAUCAAGGUGUCUAUGUAUGCACUGUAAUAAAUUCAAUAUUUAAAAAUGAAUUUCAAAAAAUCUGUAAAUUCUGUAUUUAUGCUGAAAAUCUGUAAUUCUGUAUAUACGGAUUCUGUAUCUAAAAUUUGGCGAAAAAUCUGUAAAAUACAGAAUAUUCUGUAUAUGUGGCAACCCUGCCCAAAACCAUACUUUUCGUUUCGUACUCCGAAAAGUCCCAGAAUGCCGAUUUUUGACAAAAAAAAAUUUCGAGAUGACACUAGAUCUCGUUUCAUGCAAUUUUAAGAUAUUUGGCACCAAAAUUUUUUUUCGGAAAACCCGAUUUCCUUUACUCCCCCCUUGGGUGAUUUCUCGACUUUCAAAAAACUCAAACUUUGACCGCUUUGCGCCACUCUUCCAUAAGUCCGAUUAAGCUGAAAUUCGGCACAGGGUGUUUUUUCGAGGUGGUGAAAAUUUUUUAUGAGGUAACUUUUUGAAAUUAGAGAUGACCAUUUUCAUUGGCACCCUAGUGUUCACACUAUGCUGAUGUGCCGUGAGCGAGGUUUUGGCGAAUAGCUGGCGUGCAAACGAAAACACUUCACUUGUACUUCUUCGCUCCUCUCUUGCAUAACAGUUCGGCUGAAAAGUUUAUAAGGUAACACAGUAAAACUAAAACUAACUGCCUUCGAGGGCGAUACAGCGAUUAUAGCGAUCUUGCAACUUUUCGAUACCAUUUUUAUAGUACUCUUUCGGUUUUUCCAAAAUAGGCCUCAGUUUCGGUAAUCACUUCAUCAUCGGUCUUAAAUUUCUUGCCAGCGAGCAUUUUCUUCAGGUCUGCAAACAGAAAAUAGUCGUUGGGGGCUAGAUCUGGAGAAAACGGUGGAUGCGGAAGCAAUUCGAAGCCUAAU